AUGCCAGAACUUGCGAAAGAUACGAAGAAGCGCGAGCUCAAAGAGGAACACUCCUCUUCUGAAGGUCCAGAAACACAAAAUAAAAGGGCCAAGGUAGAGCAAGCAGAGAAACAAGAGCAACAGGAAGAGGCAAACAAGGAAGACGCAGAAAGCUCCAAGGAUGACUCGGAGACGGUAGAAAAGUCUGAAGGAGAAUUGAGGGAAGUAUCCAAACCAGAAGAAACCAAGAAGGAUGUCACGGAGGAAGUUAAAAACAAAGAUGAGGCCGAAGUUGAGACUAAAGAUGAGGCUAAAGACGAAGCUAAAGACGAGGCCAAAGACGAAGCUAAAGACGAGGCCAAAGACGAGACCAAAGAGAAAAAGCCUGCUUUUGGACAGUCUUCCAGCUUCUCAAUGGGUUUUGGGGCAGCCUCCAAGCCAUUUGGCUCAUCUACACCAUUUUCUAGUGGAUUCGGUGCGGUUAAGAAAACUACAGACGAUAAGGAUGCUGGAAAACCUAGCUCCGGAUUCUCUUUUGGUGCAGGCCUAUCCUUUGGUGCAGGGUUCAAAGCAGCAAAAGUUGAAUCGAAGGAAGAUGAUAAAUCUGGGAAUGAAACACGAUCCGUAUCUGAUACCAAAGAAAGCACAUCAACUCCAAUUACUGAGCCAAUUGUUAAACUCACAAAACAAGAAAUCAAGUCUGGAGAGGAAACUGAGGAAUCGUUGUUCCAAACGAAUAUCAAAUUAUACCAAUUGACUGAUAUAAAAGAAGGAUGGAAGGAAAGAGGUGUCGGUACACUCCAUCUCAAUAAGGAUAAAAACUCCGAAAAGGCUAGAAUCAUCAUGAGAUCGCGUGGAUUAUUGAAGGUCGUUUUGAAUUUGCCAUUGGUGAAAGGGUUCUGCAUCAAGAAGGGUUUCCCGGGCUCUCUGCAUGGCGAUAAAUUUGUCAGAGUAAUUACAGUUGAUGAAAACAAACUUCCCGUACAGUAUGCUCUUAGAACUGCUAAGCCCGAGAUAGCUGAUCAGCUUUAUGAUUUAAUGACUGAACAUGUACCGGAAAAUUAA